GCUCAGUAGUUUAGUUCGCCUGCGAGUGCCGAACCGUUCGGUUGUAUUUGCGGCUGUGUUCUCGCGGUUUUUCAUCCGCGUCGUGUGGGUUGAUUAGUGGCCUCUGCUGUCUUUUUUGCCUUUGCUGGUGGCUGCAUUUUGCACCUCCCCUCUGUCAAGUUCAAGAGUCAGUGAGUGUUUUAUGUAUCUGCGAGGAACUCCCAGCCAAAAAGGGAAAACUAUUUCGAAAGAAGGAAAACCUACGCUAUUUCGGGGCUUGUUUGGUGUCAGGUGCCAGCGGAGGAAGCGAUUUGUGCAAAGCAAUUAGGUAUUGUGCAGAGUUUUUGUUGAGAAAAGUGCAGCCAAGUGGGAUAGAAAAAAGUGUAUAUAAAACCCCUCUGUGAAGUGCCGCGAUGCAAAGAAGAAAGCAAAAAUAACCAAAGGAGAAGAAGAAAAGGAUUGCAGAUUUUUGGCCGGGGUGUUUUCUCUGCUCAGCGCGUUCAGUUCGAUUAAGUCAGAGUAGCUAUAUAAAGUGAACGCCCGCGAGUGAUGCAAGAUUUGCAAAUUAGGUAGCGAUUGGUUUCGUUGACAAUAUUCAGUCAUCGGAGUUCCAGCGAUAGAACAUUAUACCUAGCGGAGAACAUCGGCAGGCUCCCUGGGGAAUCAGUUUAUUGGUCGCCCAUUGCAUCUAGUGUUUCGUAAUAAAUAGCGUUGAACAUCGCCGAACUACGCACAAUCAUCGGAUCCAGCAAAUAACCACCCAUCCAACCGGUCGUCGACGAAGCACAUACAGAAAACGCUUGGAGAAAAUAUAAAUCACCCGGCAGGCAACCAGCAAAAGUGACGGGAUCGUUUCCCAACGCAAUCCUCUGACGCCAGAAGCAAAGCAAAGCAAUUGGUGAAUGAAAAGUGAAAUUCCCAGUGGAAAUAGUGAAAUAGGUAUGAUAAAUAAGGAAAAUUGAGUGCACCACGUGCCACAAGCGACGGCUACAGUGUGCUGUGGCAUUGGUUCGUUACCAUGUGUACCUGUUGGGCGCUGUAAAGUGUAGUGGCAGCAGCAAGUGAACCAAGAAGAAAGGUGAAAAAUAAGCACGAAAGUGAAGGAAAACAGUGCGCUGCCAUUCACCACGCCUCACCCCUCACGUUGAUCCACACUUAAAGUGGGGUCGGUCAGGUGGAAUUGUGGCCGCCCUCUCGCCCUUUGGUUCGCGGUAAUUAGUGCUGCUAUUAGACAGCACCACGUGGCCUCCGGGUUUCAUAAGUUGGCUGUGUGCGAAGGGGGGGAUGCCGCCAAGUGUGUGAUGGGAGUGAUCUUUCGACGCUUCCCGUGUACGUCCCAUCCAGCGAGCUGCGUAGAACCACUGUAAUUGCUGUAUCAGCAUCACGCAACGCACCCGUAGAAAAAAACUGUAGAAGUAGCUCUGCUUAGCCUAUAAGAACGCAAGCACGGUGCACGAUGAGAAAAUCGCGCAGGCACUGAUCUCCACCUACGCUCCAAUACCAACACCACCUCCGCGCAUCUACCCCUGCCACAGUGCCCAGGUUGGGGCGUUGUGGUGCCCCAGGGUCAUGUUCGAGCGUCGUCCACUUUUUGGGGCUCUGAUCGUGCUGACGCUGGUAGUCACAAUAUGGCACAUGUCGCUUCAGGAAACCGACAGCAGCGGCACCACCAUCGGCAUCGGCGACCCGGCUGGCAUCGCGCCACCCCACCCGCAAGGCCCCUCCCACACGCACUACGCCCCUGUAGCAGUGCCUUCACCUAGCAGCAACUACUACUUCUAUGCCUUGUCCAAGGGAGGAGGAGCAGGAGCAGGAGGGCUCGCCGGUGAUGGCGCAGACACUUGGAACCAUAGUAGUGCAUCACCAUUAUUAGUCAAUCCAGUCGAACGGUUGCCAAAAGAUGAUUAUACCAAUUUAAUAGAUUUAAAAGAUUUUAGAUUCACUAUCAACUUUAACAAUUGUAGUAGCGAUAGCGAAAGGAGUAAACGAGAAAUCGCGCGACGAGAUAGCCUUAAGAGUGACGAACGACGAUCACCGUUAGUUUUAGUACUAGUGCAUUCGGCACCAACCAAUUGGUACAAGCGCAAUACGAUCCGUGAUACCUGGGGACAGUAUGACCCGCGAGCGAAGCUCGUCUUCCUACUGGGGGCAGUCAACUCUAGUACACUGCAGCGACGGAUAGAGCAGGAGAAUCGUAUGUACGACGACAUCGUGCAAGGCAACUUCCUGGACGCCUACCGCAACAUGACCUACAAGCACGUGAUGGCACUAAAAUGGUUCACAUAUCACUGCCCCGAAGCCAAAUACAUCCUGAAAGCGGACGACGACGUCUUCGUGAAUACUCCCGCCCUGUACGAUGUGCUCGAAACGGCCACACAGAGGCGGAGGUUACUCUUCUGCCAGGAGAUCCAGAAAGCGCCAGUCAAACGAACUCAUCGGUCCAAGUGGUACGUUAGCAUACCGGAGUACCGCAACAAGUACUACCCCAGCCACUGUCCCGGCUACUCGAUAAUCUACACACCGGACGUGGCGUUCCUGCUUUACCGCGAAGCGCAACAGCAGCCGUACUUCUGGAUCGACGACGUCCACAUGACGGGUACGAUAGCGCAGCGGAUCAACGCCACCAUCACCCCCACGGGCAGCAUGCUGCUCAACAAAAGCCAAAAAGAUGCCAUCAUCGAGAACAGGCUGAACGCCACCGAUCAGUUGUUCUUCUUCACGACGCCGGACCUGCGGCAGGGCGAAAUCCGGCAGCUCUGGAAAGCGGUAACCGUCGCGUCCAAGCGCAACACUAGUAGAUAGUGAUCGGAAUUGGAACACGGAAUGCGGAUCGCGCAGCAAUGGACCACCGGAAGAGGAAGGAUUUGAAGUCGAGAUGUGUAUGUGCGUGCGAGAGGGUAUGAUUAAGGUACGCUUUAGUGUGAGCAAGUGUGCCGCUUAUAUGGGGGCGGAACCGGAAUUGUGUAGGUAGAACAUGUCGAAGAAUUCUAGUUUGUGUGACAAUUGUAAGGACGCGUGCAUGAUUAACCGUCCCCUCGAAAUUUUCCACGUAUUAUUGAUAUAUUAGUAUUAAAUAGUGAAGACUUUUCUCGAAAACAUUUCAUCCACCUUGAUCUGAGUUUGAGCACUAUACCCAAUUAUGAAAAUCAUCAAUAUAGUUUUCUCGAACUAUAAAAAAGGUGUUUCAUCGUUGCUUUAUACUGGAUUGUGAUUUCAAAUUUAAAAGGAUAAAUAUUUCAGUUAUCGCGCAAUACUUCAUGAUAAAUCUAUACCUUCAAUUAUUUUUUAAGAGAUCUCGUUUCUCACUUAUUUGCUUACGGGAAUGCGCUGAACGCUAAUCGGAAAUGCUCCAGAUACUCCAGAACAUGAUCGUCGAUAAUAUCUUGGACAUGAGUCUAUGGCAAAAUGUCAUUAGUCCAAUACGUAACAGAGCAAAACAAGUUGAGACAAACUGUGGAAACAUUUGAAAAAGAAAGAAGAGAUAAUUUCCUUUGAUACGUAAGUUUCAUCACCGCUUUUUAAAUUUUGUAGAUGUUUUCAUCGACUUUUUUCACCGAAAAAAGUCGAUGAAAACAUCUACAUAAUUUCCUUUGAACAAACCAGUUUUGACAAUUUGCCUUUUUAUAUAGGGUGACUUGGCUUUCUAAAAGCUAUUGGGCUCAAUAUUUGCAUCAAUACUUUCAGCAUAUGAGCGCAUCUUACUGCCCAAAUUCAGAAGAUUUGGAUGACUGAAAAACCCUAUGAAAAACAGAACAAACCAACCGAAUAUACCUAAGCCUUCAUACCAUAUUAUUCACUAAACAGUGGCGCUGAUGCUAUUGCGAGUACUGCGAGUCAAAUCAAAAUAUUAAAUUUGAGCUGUGGUCCGCAUAAUUCUCACAAAAAUCCUAGAAGAAUGUAGGGAUCUCUAGCGGAACCCUGUAUAAAAAUAACGCAACUCUGAGAAUUUCUAGACAAAUCUUGCAAAUUCAUAGUGCGAUCCUGGGAAUACUAGAACAAUUUUGAACAACAGUAUCAAAGCGGAAUUUGAGUAUUCCUAGGGAACUCUGGGUUCUCAAAUAGAUCCUGUGCAUGCUUAAUCUUCUGUCUGUGCG